UACUCACACUUGGACAGAUUAAGGCGCAGGAGCGGUAAUCUGGUUUCAGGACCGCGGCCAGCGACACCGUUUGACCAUGAAUCCUGUCGAAAGUUGUCUCCGGCACACCUUGAACCUCACCGGAUACCAAAGACUAUAAGGUUGUUUUGGACCCUCACAAUUCAAGGUUUUAAAAAAGGAGAGCUUGUUUUUAUGACAAUGUUUAAUUCCCUAGUUUGAUUUAGAUGAAGCCGAAGCUGGAGUCUUUUCUGGUUAACGUGGGAGGUGAAUCGCCGGACUGUCAGUGUCACUUGAUACAAGUUUUAGGAAACAACCUGCGGCCGAGGCAUUUUGGUUCUGAAUUGAAAACAAGUUUUAUGUUUGAGUGAGAAGCACAAGGAGGACAGAGAGUAGAGGUGAAAGCUGCGCGCUCAGCCGGGAGCGCGCAAGGACAGUACAUUGGUCGGAUCCUGGAGUCGUGAGGAUGGAGAUCCGGUCGGACAGGGCUAAGGAAGUGGCAGCCAAGACUCUCGGGAAAAUAUACGGAGCUCUUGAGAAGAAGCAGGAAAAUGGCGAGACCAUUGAGCUGUCGGCGGAGGGCCGGCCUGAGCUGGUGCAGGAGAAGGAGAUGCCCGUGGUGGACUGCACGUGCUUCGGCCUGCCCAGGCGCUACAUCAUCGCCAUUCUCUCCGGCCUGGGCUUCUGCAUCUCCUUCGGCAUCCGCUGUAACCUGGGCGUGGCCGUCGUCAGCAUGGUCAACAGCCACACCAUCUUCAGAGACAACAAGGAGGUCAUAGUGAAAGCUCAGUUUGACUGGGAUCCAGAAACAGUGGGAAUGAUCCAUGGGUCUUUCUUCUGGGGAUACAUAGUAACCCAAAUCCCAGGAGGGUUCAUCUGUCAGAAGUUUGCAGCAAACAGAGUUUUCGGCUUUGCUGUAGUGGCCACCUCAUGCCUGAAUAUGUUGAUCCCGACAGCAGCACGGCUUCACUUUGGCUGUGUUAUCAUGGUCAGGGUGUGUCAAGGACUUGUGGAGGGGGUUUCAUAUCCUGCCUGUCAUGGUAUCUGGGCAAAAUGGGCACCACCUCUUGAAAGAAGCCGACUGGCCACAACAGCCUUUUGCGGCUCUUACGCUGGAGCCGUGAUUGCCAUGCCAUUAGCUGGAAUCCUGGUCCAGUACACAGGGUGGUCAUCAGUUUUCUACGUCUACGGCAGCUUUGGGGUCAUUUGGUACUGCUUCUGGAUCCUGGUGUCUUAUGAGAGUCCGGCAGCCCAUCCCACCAUCACAGAGGAGGAGAGGAAAUACAUCGAGGAAAGCAUCGGCGAGUCGGUGCAGAACACCACUCCAGUAACGAAAUUCAACACUCCGUGGAGGGCUUUCUUCACAUCGAUGCCAGUAUAUGCCAUCAUUGUGGCUAAUUUCUGCAGAAGCUGGACGUUCUACCUGCUUCUCAUCAGCCAGCCUGCGUACUUCGAGGAAGUGUUUGGAUUUGAGAUCAGCAAGGUGGGCAUAGUUUCUGCCCUUCCCCACCUGGUCAUGACCAUCAUCGUGCCCAUCGGAGGCCAGAUUGCUGACUACCUACGUUCGAACCAAAUCAUGUCCACCACCAACGUCAGGAAACUCAUGAACUGUGGAGGCUUUGGGAUGGAGGCGACUCUGCUGCUGGUGGUGGGCUUCUCCCAUACCAAAGGGGUUGCCAUCACUUUCCUGGUACUUGCUGUGGGUUUCUCUGGGUUCGCCAUUUCAGGUUUCAAUGUCAACCACCUGGACAUCGCACCACGCUAUGCGAGCAUCCUGAUGGGCAUCUCGAACGGCGUGGGCACUCUGUCUGGUAUGGUUUGCCCACUUAUAGUUGGAGCCAUGACGAAACAUAAGACGCGGGAGGAGUGGCAGGGUGUGUUUCUCAUUGCCUCGCUUGUUCAUUACGGCGGUGUUAUCUUCUACGGCAUCUUUGCAUCAGGAGAGAAGCAGGCGUGGGCCGAGCCGGAGCAGCUGAGCGACGAGAAAUGCGGCAUCCUGGAUGAGGACGAGCUGGCCAACGAGACGGAGGAGCUGUACCGCACGAGCGGCGGGGGUGGCUACGGGGCCAUGAACCAGGGAUCAGAUCCCAACGGAGGAGGGGGCAUGGAGGGAGGCUGGGCUUCGGACUGGGACAAAACAGAGGAGUACGUUCAACCAGCCGGAACCAACAACUACCUUUAUGGAGGAGAGGAGGACCGAGAGCUGACAUAAAAAGAAGACCCGCUGCACAUAGCCGUGGAGGAGGAGGACAGAGACAGUAGAUCACACAGUACGACGGUUGCUUGUGACACAGGGAGCUGGAAAUGGGCGGGGAGGUUUGAACUGUGCAAGACGCUGUGUUCAGCGAGCCUGAGCACAUUAUUAUUUUAACUGAACUGUGUUAAAUGACCACAGGGGCAGUGGGAAGAGGCGCAGGAGGCAGUAGUAAAUCCACAGUGUGUUUGUUGUGUGAUUGCAGUUGUGUAUAUCUUGUGUGAUGGUAAGAGUAUUUUAGGGCUUCACAGCCUCCAUGUUAAUGACGCUGCAAUUUCUCUACUGGAGAAGGGGUUUGUUUUAGGCCUGGUUGGGUUGCUUUCUUGAUAGUGUGUUAUUUCAAUUUUAAUAACCAUAUAUAUCAAAAUUUUGAUCUCAUUUAUACCUCUAUGCUGCUGUUGUCGGGUGGAAACCUUGUACUGUACACCUUCAUAAUACCAAUCUUUCAGGAUGAAAAAAAAACAGCAUUGUUUUUAGAUUGAGCAUUAUGCAUUUAUAGGCUGUCUGGUCUUUCAAGGGUUUCAUUUAGAGUCAGAGGAAGUUUCUCACCCCACUAAGAGAAGCAUGUGCUCCUCCAGUUGAAGUUAUAACAUGAAACUCAUCAGAGUUGGGAGGUUUUCACCCGACAGCACUCACACUGAAAGCUGGAUUCCUAAAAAUAAAUGACACUUCAAAUUUCAAGUUCUGUCCUUAAUGUGCACACUUUUAAGAAAAAAGCAUCUUACUUGUGCCAAUGUGGUGUAGUAUUGGUUUGCUUAUCUCCUGAUGCCCAGAGAAAGUUGUUCAUUCAAGACGUACAUAUUGUAUUUACGUACUAAUCGUAUUUAUUUGUUUUCUUUUGAGUAUAUUAUACAACAACGUUUUUUUUUAGGUACCACAUUUUGAUUCCUUCACGCAACAAUACUGUAACCACUAGGCCUCUAGCCUGUCUACUUGUUAAGGCUUAUCCAGAGAGAAAUUAUGACCCCAUGUCAAAUUAGCUUCAUAGUUUAGAGACAAUUUUAUAUCUAUGUUUUCUUGUUGAGGUAAUUUAAGACACUUUCCCCAAAACCCAACCUCUGAAUCCUCACUCCAUUUGCUUUAAAUGUGAUAUACGUUACGUUAAUGUUGAUUUUAUUCUGUUGUUAUGUUGCUGUCGCAUUCAAGGUGUCGGCAUAUUGUCUUUCAGGAAAAGCGGUUUGCUGAUACCACAUAACCUAAACACCCCGACACAAACAUGCCUGCUCUGUGCUCUCUGUUACAGUGACAAAAGCAACACUGAGCUGUCAUUUACUUCAGGAAACUUGAAAGUUAAAAUUACAUGAGAUUAGUGUCAUAGAGCCACGGGGAUCUCACAUGGUCUCUUUUGCUUUGCUUUGUAGUUCAACCAACUGAAGUCUCAAAUGAUCAGCAUAUUUUUACUUAUUAAAUAAAAAUACAGGACUGAUCAUUUAUGGCACAAUAAUGCCAUUUCACUGUACAUGAGUAAUGUCUUUGUUGGUAGAUGUUGUGAGUUAUUUAACAAGCCCCAAGAUGAAGGUUAAAAAGGUGAAAAAGCCCUGUGUUAGGUCAUCGGAGGUGCAGUUUGACUUUGACUGAAGAGAGCGUUUCGACCUGUGGAUCACAUUCAGAGAUCAUAGUUAGUCUCCUUCACAGUCAAAGAAAGGGUGAAUAUUGAAUAUAGAAUUUUGAAUAUAGAGUUUUUACUGGGUUUUUUGUCUUUUUUGUUUUGUUUUGUUUUGUUUGUUGAACCACUUUUUCAGGCUGCUCUGUCAGUCCCUUUUCUUUUAUUGUUAACUGUUUUGUUCUUGACUGUAAACUGAAAUUGUAUAUGUAAAAAAAAUCAUGUACAUGUGGAAAUUAUUAUUAUAUAAUAAAACCUAGAGGUGAUUACUCCAGUAAAAUGUG